GACUUGACUUUGUUGGUGAUUUCUGGACUCUUUGUAUUAUUGAUGUAUAAUUAAACGGGAGAUGCCGCUGUGCAGCAGAUAUGUACUUGAUACGACACAUAAAGAUUAAUUUUCAUCAGCCAGUAUUUGCUUUAUAGCACCGAUGAGUAUUAUCCUGAAUGCAAAUUGUGAAGGUCAAAAUUCAUUAUGACUGGGCAGCUUGAUGUGGUUGUACGUACACAGAGCCGCUUGGAUGGCAAGUGGCUGAAGACAGACUUGCAGCAAGCACUAAGCAAUGAUGGACUUACACAGUUAUGGAAUGAAAUGGUCAAGGAUGGCGAACUCACAGGCUCUUUUAGUGAUGGCUUAUUGAACUCCAUUGGUAUUACUGCUCACAAAGGUGAAAGUGGUCAUUAUUAUUGUGGCCUGCGAGUUCUCACUUGCCCAUGUUGUGAUGGAAUAUGUGGACCUCAGACUGGGUGCAAUUGCAAUCCCUGUCAACGCCUUGAUCGCGAAGAGGCGGCAAGAGUUGAGGUUAAGUCUGCUGAUCCUGCACCUUCACAGCCACAGACAGACAGCUGGGCAUGGGGACCACAGCCAGCUGUUGAGCAGCUUCAGUCUUGCAUCAGAUCACUGAACUACGAACAGAAGGUUUUAUGCCAUGAAGCUGCCAGCAGUACGCUCUCAGCAUGCAGGUUAAGGCAACGGUUGAUGGUUGCACAGAGGUAUUUUGUUGCACUUGGAAGGCAUCUGCCAGCAGACGAUAGCAGGCCACACAUUAAAACAACUUUGAAUGGAACCAGUGGGGAACACAGAAGCACAAAACCUGCAGAGAAGGCAACCAUAAGCCUUGCUAAAGUGGGUUCCAGGGCAGCACUGAAUUUCUCGUUUGCAUUCCUGAGGAGAGCUUGGAGGUCAGGUGAAGAUGCUGAUUUAUGCAGUGAGUUACUUAAUGAAUCUCUUCAGGCAUUACAGUCUCUUCCUGAAGCAACUCUCUUUGAUGAAAAUUCUGUCUCACCAGUAUGGCUGGAAGUUGUUGAAAGAUCGGACAAGUUUCUACGACAAGUGGUACUAGGGGAUACAAAUAGUAGUCGCAGCUGGUGUGAAGUUCCUGUCAGUGAUCAGCACACAGCACUCUGUUUACUGCUUGAACUUGCAGUUCAAAGAGGUGCACUGAGCAACAUACUUGAUGCUGUGAUCUUACUUCUCAACUUAUGGGACAGGGGAAAGUAUCGAGUGGACAACAGGGUUGUGUCAUCUGGAACCAGUGCACCUCUGGUUCCUUUACUGAGGAGAUUUGAGCAAAUUUCAAGUUCUAAAGUUGGUCCAUUAAAUGCUUCUUGGGAUGAAAAUGCACAAAUUGUGGUUAGCCCAACUGAGUGUUUCUUGAGGUAUUUGCAGUUGCCAGACAAUGAUAGUGUGGCUGUUGAUUUGAAGCAGGCCGCUGUGGUCAUCAUGUCACACUUGGAUAGGUUAGCUUCCCCUCACACCCCUCCAGCAAACUUCACUAAGAAUAUGGGGCAGUACCAGGAAGUGUUGGCAUGGGGUUGGUUGGCCUGGAGCAGCUGCACAGAUUCAGGGAUGAUGCCUCAGUACUGUGAGGCUAUUGGAGAACUUGGUGUUGCUCAGAUAGCUUGUGCAGAAAGAUGUCUGCUCAUCCUUACUAAUGCUGGGAAAGUUUUCACAGUAUACUACAGUUCAGAAACACAGUGUCCUCAACAAGUUGAAGGUUUUGGUGACAAAGAAGUGAUCAAGUUGGCUGCACAUCCGGAUGGGAAGCAUUUUCUUGCUUUAACUUCUGAUGGAGACCUGUACUCGUGGGGCAGUGGCGUUGGUGGAAGGCUAGGCCAUGGGAAUAACAACUCCAAAGAUGAACCUACACUGAUCGAGGCACUUGUUGGAAAACAUAUUGUUCACAUUGCAUGUGGCAGCACAUACAGUGCUGCAGUUUCAUCUUCUGGAGAACUGUACACAUGGGGAAGGGGUAACUAUGGAAGGCUUGGACAUGGCUGCAGUGAGGACCACAACGUGCCGACGCUAGUAGCAGACUUGAAAGGCCAUAGGGUGGUGGAUGUUGCUUGUGGCAGUGGAGAUGCCCAGACGCUAGUUGUGACAGAUGCAGGGUUGGUAUUUUCUUGGGGAGAUGGAGAUUAUGGAAAAUUAGGUAGAGGAGGGAAUGAUGGUUCAAAGACACCAAAGCUGAUUGACAAACUACAGGAUGUUGAUGUGGUAAAGGUAUAUUGUGGGGCACAGUUCAGCCUGGCACUUACAAAGACUGGAUCUGUUUAUUCGUGGGGUAAAGGUGACACACACAGAUUGGGGCAUGCCUCUGAGGAACAUGUGAGGUUCCCAAAACUCAUUGAGGCCUUGCAAGGGAAACAUGUUGUGUCACUAGCAGUGGGCUCCGUUCAUGUGCUUGCAUUGACUGAGGAAGGGGAGGUGUAUGGUUGGGGGAGGAAUGACUAUGCUCAGGUUGGAGAGACCACAGGCAGCAGUGUCCUUGAGCCCACAGUUAUUACAUCUCUUCAGGGCAAAGUCAUCGUUGGAACUGCCUGCGGACCAACCCAGAGUUUUGCUUGGAGCAGUAAUAGUAAGUGGAGUGUCAAUUUACGUGUCGCGUUUGUGGUGGAUGUCUGUGAAGAAACAUUCCAAAUGCUUGACCAGCUUCUGGGCCUUGUCUGUGAAGGUGUAACUGGGAACCUGGACUGGCCACCACCUCAGGAUAAAGAAUGUAUGGCUGUGGCAUGCUUGAAUCUCCUCAAACUGCAACUGCAUGCAAUGAUAAGUCAUAGUGUUGAUGUGGGUUGCAUCGGUUUGGGACCCAACACAAAUUUGUUGACCAGCCUGAAACAGCAUGUGGUGGAGUUAGCCAGCAAUGUUGGUGUUCUCAACACAAUCCAAUCAGCAGCACAAGCCACGUUGCAGGCUGGAUGGAGUAUACUGCUGCCUACAGCUGACGAACGUGCUAAAACUCUUUCAGCACUUCUACCCAGCACAGGUUCAGAUCCUUCAGCAAUAAGUGCAGGUCAUCGCUUCAUGACUGAUCUCCUUGUAUCUAGUCUAAUGGCAGAUGGGGGCUUGGAAACUGCCUUGAAAGCUGCAUUUAAAGUGGAAUUGGGGGAGCAUUCUGAAAACGAUGAAAGGAAAGCCCACAUGUCAGAUCAAGCCUUGCUGGAGACAGAAUCAAAACGAGCCAAAGAUGCAUCUCUUCGUGAGAAGCACAACUCCACUGUUCCUCUUCUUCAUCUAGUCAAAUUACUUCUCAGAAAUGGUUCCGCAUUAACCCAGGCAAGGUUACAGGCAGUUCAAAAUUGUGGGGCAAUGCAUCAUGAAGGAAGAGAAAAACACGAAAGAUCUGCAAGUUUGAAUCUCUUGUUGAGAUUCCAGAGACUUUUGAUAGCCCAAAUUUAUUGUCAUAGUCACAAAAUGAAAUCUUGGAACUCACAGCAAGAUCAGGAUGUUCUGGGAGCAGAAUCUCUGCUCACAAAAUACAUUUAUCAACUUUGCAAUCAUAUCACUGAAACUUUGCCAGUUGCUUCAAGUUUGGCAGCUACAAGCAGUAAACAUUUUUCUCUUGUUGUUUCAAUUCUCAAAGGAGAUGUCAUAGAUGUGCUGUUACCAGAGUUGUUGGUGUGUAUGAUCUUGUUGCAACUGGAAGUUCCAUUACUUCUCCAUCAAGUGAACUGGGUACAGAUGCUUGUGCCAUUACUGGACACUCUGGAUAAGUUCAACCGUUUGGCAUCUGGUGUUGAUAAGGAAGACAUAGAGGAUCUGUCUUGGCCAGGAAUAAUAGCCCCACAGCACACUAUCUCUAGCCACAAGGCUCCAGAAGACAUACCAAUAAUCAGAAGAGCUGACCUUGAAAACCACAAUCGAGAUGGUGGACUUUGGAUUGUUGUCGACAGAAAAGUUUAUGAUGUUCAGGACUUUAGAGCUCAAGCACCAUGCAGCAGUGAUCUUCUCCAGAGGUACGCAGGACGAGAUGCAACUCAGCCUUUCCAUGCAGCUGCACAUUCCCAGGCUGCAAAAGAAAUGAUGCAAGGCUUCCUUGUGGGCUACUACAUGGAACCCGAACAGGAAGUCGUUCAGGCCGUGGAUGGGAAUAAUGUGGCAUCUCCUUUGAUGGAUGUGGAACGAAACCUGGCAUUUCUCCUGGGUUUGCACGCACACUGGUUGUCACAGAGUACAGCCUUGCAGCCUGCAGAAGAAGAAGCACAGCGCUGGCUGCAUGCUUUGUUUCUGCAAGGAGGCCUUCAGGUUUUGCAGCCUCCAAAUCCUUAUGAAGAAGAGAAGGGAGAGGCUCGAAGCACAAGUUCUACUGCUGGCACUACUCCCACUGAACCCAAGACUCCAAAGCUGGAGGGACUGCACAAAUGGACACUGGAUAGGGCAGCACCAUUCCUACAGGCAUUAGCAGAGAACAGGACUAUGGAUCCAUAUGUCCGUGCAUUUCUGAGUAUCGUUGAACGUCACUGCAAAGUACAUCAUUUGAUGAUGCAUGGAGAUUUCCCUGCUGACCAUCCAGUAGAAGAAGUGGGCAGACUCUUAAUGGCUGUUCUCAUAAAACAUCAGGGUUUUGGUUUCCAAGUCAUAGCUCUCAUAGACCAAGAGAUGGAUGGCAGUGGAGUUCCUGUCAAACUGCCAAAACAACUGAUUGAUAUUAUUAAAACAGUCCAUCAAACAAAAUGGAAUCUAAUAAAAACUAGACAGGAGAUGAACCGAUCCUACAAAGAAGUCUGUACACCGGUGUUGGACAAGUGCAGAUUCCUGUUGUAUGAAAUUCGAGCAGCUACAAGUUUUGAAGUGAAAGCCAUGCAUCACCUUCAGCUGCUCCACACAGUGCCCCGAUGGAAGAAUGCUGUGAAAAAGAUCAUUUCUGAUAAGAAACUGAGAAAACAUAUGUCCUGUGCAAAACCAGAAGAUAUUCUUAAUGCGAGCAUACAGAGUCAAGGUGCGGAGGCAAAGUGUAAGGAAAAUGAGGAGGAGACUGAGUCAUGGACCAGAGAUGAGAAGAAGGAUGAAGAUGAGGAGGAAGAGGAAGGGGAUGAUGGCUGGGAGAGUACAAGAAACAUGCUUUUGCAGAUUGCAGAGAAACAGCAGAAUAACAUGCAGUGUCCAGACGUUGUCAAGAUAACAAAUGCCAUAACUGAAUUCGUGAUGCAGGAGGAAGGCGGUGACGUGGAAACUUUACGGAAAGCUUUGUAUUGUCAGGUCCAAAGAGCACGAAUCAGGAUUCAAGGAAAUGAGAUGAUGUAUGAACUCUUGAAAAGGGAUUAUUUGAUAUCUUCUGUUAAGUACACGUUGCUGAAUGGUUGGUUAGGCCUUGUGCAUAAGAAGCACAUUUUAAGGGAAGGUUUGUCAUACUGCCUUGACAACAUUCAGUCAGUGAAUCCAUACCAGAAAGUGGAAGUGCUCCUAUCACAAGCCAAGAUUACAUCGUGGGCAGUAGCAUCGUUACGUGAGCAUGUCCUAAUGGCCGAGCAGCCGAGGAAGACUCUUAAGCUGAAAGGCAAAGGCUCAUUGAACCAAGGAACUUACAGUUGGCUGAGGAAGCUCCCCUGGGCAAGAUUUCUGUUAACAAUCCUGGGAAUGCUAACAGGGAACCAUCAUGGCAACGAAGUCAGCUUGAUUGUAAAUUCUGGUGUUCUGGCCCUAAUACAAUCUUUACUGAGGCAAAUGGGACCAGAAUUCUCAUCAUGCCUGGAGGAUAAAAACAAGGAAGUAUUUGCAAUAUAUGAAGACACUCUUCAUAAGAAUUCCCCUCCAGCUGCCAUACUCACCGGCCCAGAGCUUGCAAGUAUGAUGAAAAUAGGAACGCGUGUUGUAAGGGGAGUGGACUGGAAGUGGGGGGAUCAGGAUGGACCAUUGCCUGGGGAGGGGAGAGUCAUAGGAGACUUAGGAGAGGACGGCUGGAUUCGCGUCCAGUGGGAUAAUGGCUCCACCAAUUCAUACCGCAUGGGUAAAGAGGAUAAAUAUGACUUGAAAUUAGCAGACCCUCCAACACCUGCAGAGAUGGACACGGAAUCUGACACAAAUGAUGAAGCUACAAAAGCACCCGAGAAACUCACCUGUAAAGAUUCACAUCCUACAAAACUUCUGAAGCAGGCCUCAUUAACUCUCCUCAGAACAAUUUCAAUUUGCUGUGGAAUUAGUGCAGAUCAUGUUCAGCCAUCAUCAACAAAAAUAUUAUGUUCACUACUGAGGGAUAUAAUCCAGACAGCAAACAAAGUGUCGGACUGUCCUUCACAGACGCAGCUGUUGGCUCUGAAUCACCAUGUAGAGUGGGCCACUCUUGGUUUCACAAGAGCCAUUGCAGCUUCCACUGCAAUGUGUCGGGCCCUCAGUACCCCAGCAUGGGUGCAUCUACUGCUUUCCAUGGUUGGGGGCCAAGAUAACAGCAUUGUCAUCACAUUGCCAAAACAGAUACUAUCACUACGCUUGUUGAAAGCAGUGCUUCCAGCAUGGGACAUUAACCCCACUGAGAGGUUGUCUCUUUUAGAGAAGUUGUUCCAUCUUUUGGGUUAUACUGCUCUCCUCUGCCCAGCUGACCCUCCUCCUCAGCCAGCAGCAUUUGGCCGAUGCUUGAAGUCUGGUGCAGUUCGAGUAUGUUUGACAGCUUCACACUCUAGCACUGUUGCAGAGGAAUGCAUUGCCUUGCUUCGGUCGCUGCACGGUUUGCCAGGCUGGAACCAGGCCCUCAACCAUAUUCUGGCAAACAAAUUAGCUGUUGCAGGGGACUUGCUUACAGAAGGUCCAUUUUUUCGUAUUCAUCAGGUUAAUGAAGUUGAAGUGGACCAGUCACUGGGCAUGCAGUCUGGUGUGAUGACAGCACUGUCAGUAGUUGGAGGACUGGAUUCCAGGCCACGAAUUGGAGGACUUGUAAUGGCUGAAGGAUUAGGACUAGGGACCAUAUGCCAGAUCAGUCAGCAUGGGAAACUGGUCGUCCAGCUGCAUGAGACAGGCACUAUAAAAAAGCUGUCACUGUCGAUUGUGGUGCCAUCUCAAACCGCUCAGUUUGUCUUGGACAAGACUCUUAUGUCUGAACACAUGCUUGGUACAUGGGCUACUCUCCUCUCACUGUUGACACUACAUCAUGGAGACAAGCGUCAACUAGGGACUGUACCUGGAACAGUGAAUAUAUCAUUACUGAGGAAUCAGCAACAACGUCUGGCAGCCAUGAAUGCAUGUAGCGUUCUCUUUAGACAUCAGAAUCUGCUCCGGCAUGUCCUUAAGCACCAUACACUAGGAUCAUCACCAUCUCUUGAGGUCCUUAAUGAAGGAGAGGAACUUGAUCCUAUAUCUGAAACAUUACUUAUUAAAAAAUUAAUUGCUAAAGCUACUCAACCUUCACCAUUAAAAGCUGUAUUUGGAAAAAGUGAUAUUCAGGCUGCAGCUCUAAAUGUGUCUCAGUACUUGGCUACUGAGGUGAGGGCACAAAUGCAGAGGGGCAGCGAAGUGGCUACACCUGCCAGUGAUUGCUCCUUGCCUUCUCCCAUGUCUCCAAGCAACAAAACAGGGAGUAAACCAAAGAGGAUACGUCCACCUUCACCACCAUUGUCCCCAUUAGUUGGGCAGCUCACAGAGAUGGGCUUUGCUCGGCGGAGUGUGGAAUGUGCCAUUAAGUUUUUUGGAAUUGCAAGUGAAAUUCCACCGAGUCCGGAAACAUUGGUCGGAUGGCUCUUGGAGCAUCCAGACCAUGCUCUUUGUAAUUCUGACACUGCUUCAUCAUUCGAUGGGCUCUCUGACACAGAUUCCAUAUCUGAGGAAGUGGAAGAGUUGACAGUGUCUCACACAGAAGGGGCAGUCUCAUCCACAGGAUACAAUCAGCGCUCAGACUUCCUUAGUAAUGACGAAUAUGCCAUGUAUAUCCGUGAUAAUAUUACAGAAGGCAUGCUUAUACGUUGUUGUAAGACAUAUGAGGAGGUUCACGAGGGUGACAUUGGUCGUGUACUGAAAGUCGACAAUGAAGGUCUCCACGAUCUGAAUGUUCAGGUUGACUGGCAAAAUAAGGGCAGCACAUACUGGGUAAGGUUUAUCCACAUUGAGCUUCUAGGGUUCCCACCUUCCCACCCGAGUCUACACCCCAUCAAGGUUGGCGACAGAGUGAGAGUGAAGACAUCGGUGAAGAAUCCAAAGUACAAAUGGGGUUGUGUGAAUCACAGCAGUGUUGGUGUAGUGACAAAUAUAAGCAGCAAUGGAAGAGAUGUGAGCAUAGACUUCCCACAUCAGAGCAACUGGACUGGGAUCAUAACAGAGAUGGAAGUAGUUCCCUGUUGUCAUCAAGGCAUAAGCUGCGACGGUUGCCUCAUGUAUCCUAUCACGGGGCAACGAUUCAAAUGCAAAGCGUGUGAUGAUUUUAAUUACUGUGAAAAUUGUUUCUAUACCAAAAAGAUUCAUCGACAUAGUUUCAACAGAAUAGUUGAACCGGGUAGUGCAGCAGUGUUUGCAGGGAAACCAGGGAGAUACUAUAGACAGGAUAUGUCCUUAGCUUUGAACAAUGGACUAAUUGAAGACUGGUCAAAAUGUAUCAAAACCCUGAGUGUUUCAUCACGAGAAGCUUGGGCACAUCGUCUUGUUGAUGGCUCAGACAAAUAUUGGCAGAGCUGUGGUUCUCAGGGAAAGCACUGGAUUCGGUUGGAAAUGCAGCCAGAUGUGUUGGUGCAUUCCCUAAAAUUAACGGUGGACCCAUCAGACAGCAGCUAUACGCCUUCGCUUGUUGUAGUCAGCGGAGGUGACUCAUUUGCUGCUAUGAAUGAACUGGCCAGCAUAAACAUUCGUAAUACGGACACAGUGGUGUUACUUUUGUCUGAUCUAAAGGAGUAUUAUCCUUUUAUUGAGAUUGCCAUUAAGCAGUGCAGAAAUGGUGGCAUAGACUGCAAAAUUCAUGCUUUGAGCAUUGUUGGUAAGAAACGAACAUCGGAGGGCCAGUUACCAACCGCAUUGUCUUUCCUGGCGUCUGAUAAUGAUGAUACUCAGGAUGCGAGUAUAUUUGCAACUCAGCAGAAAGGACAUGCAGUGGAUUCCAGACCAGAGAUCAGCACCAAAGUAUUUGUGUGGGGACUGAAUGAUAAGGACCAGCUUGGAGGACUCAAAGGAUCCAAAGUGAAGCUGCCUGUAUAUUCUGAGGCAUUGUCUGCUCUCAAACCUGUUCUCAUUGCAGGAGGAUCAAAAUCUCUCUUCAUUGUUUCUCUUGAAGGAAAACUAUAUUCAUGUGGAGAAGGCACCAAUGGUCGUUUGGGUCUUGGACACAAUAAUAAUGUAUCCGUGCCACGUCAGAUCACUGCCCUUAGUCAGUAUGUGGUCAAGAAAGUAGCAGUCCACUCUGGAGGUAAACAUGCCAUGGCGCUCACCUUGGAUGGUAAAGUUUUCUCGUGGGGUGAGGGAGAAGAUGGCAAGUUGGGGCACAACAGCCGACUGAGUCUUGACAAGCCGCGUUUGAUUGAGAGUUUGAAGUCAAAACGUAUCCGGGAUAUUGCCUGUGGAAGUUCCCACAGUGCAGCCAUAACUUCUAAUGGGGAGCUCUAUACCUGGGGACUCGGGGAAUAUGGAAGGCUGGGCCAUGGAGACAAUGUAACUCAGUUAAAGCCGAAGCUGGUGAAGUCAUUGCUGGGUAACCGCAUUGUUCAGGUUGCCUGUGGGAGCAGGGAUGCCCAGACACUUGCCCUCUCAGAUGAGGGAUUGGUGUUCUCCUGGGGUGACGGAGACUUUGGGAAACUGGGUCGAGGUGGCAGCGAGGGUUGCAACACUCCACACAAUAUUGAGAGACUCAACAACAUGGGAGUUUGCCAGAUUGAGUGUGGGGCACAGUUUUCUCUUGCGCUCACAAAAUAUGGUCAGGUUUGGACUUGGGGCAAGGGAGACUACUUCCGCUUGGGACAUGGCAUAGAUCAGCAUGUAAGGAAACCCACAUUGGUUGAAGGAUUGAGAGGCAAGAAGAUCAUUCAUGUAGCAGUGGGCGCUCUCCACUGUCUCGCUGUCUCGGACACAGGCCAAGUGUAUGCAUGGGGCGACAAUGACCAUGGACAGCAGGGCAAUGGUACGACCAUUGUGAAUCGUAAACCAGCCCCUGUGCAUGGUUUAGAGGACAUUCAUGUGAACCGUGUGGCAUGUGGGUCCUCUCAUUCCAUUGCGUGGACUACGUUCAACAUGCAGCCGCCCAACAUGCAUGAGCCAGUUCUCUUUGUCUCUUCAAACGACCCGCUUGGAGCUUCUACUCUAGGUAUUUAUGAAACUGGUUCUGAAGAUAAAAGCCAAGCCCAACAAAUGAACAACGCUGGCAGCCGAUCUCCUCAGGUCUCCCUGUCUCGAAUUAUCUUGUCCCUGGAGUCGCAUGUGUCCAAGCAGCAGGCAUUGCAACAUGUGCUGAACGCCCUUCAGAUUCUUCAUGCCAGAGAGGCUGUUGUGGCUGCACUUUCUAGCCAUUCCAACAUUGCAGGUUUCGCCUCAACAGGACCUGCAGUGAAGGUUCGCACUCCCGAUACUCCCCCAGAAGGGCCGGCCAGUCGCAGUUCCUCUAACCCUCCCUAUGAAGAUGGAAUAGAAAUUGCCCAGGGUGGGGGAGAGGCACCAGCGUCUGUGGCAGAAGCUGUUGGGCUGAGUUCCCACAGCACACCAGAAAGUGAACAGAGCCCAAUGGCAGCAUUCCCGUCUCUCUCGAGUUCUGUCAGUCUUUCCUCUAGAGCAUCCAAGCUAUCAACAAGUGCAAUGAGUGUCAUUGCUGCCACCAUGACAUCAAAUGCUCAGGUUGUUGGUCAAACUGAAGAAGCUGACCCAAUGCAUCCAAAUCUGGAUGAUUUCACUGGUCUUUUGGAUCAAGAUGAUGCAUGUAUGUUAGUGGACCUCCUCAAGUUGGCAGUAGCUGCCAGAGCUGGAGAUGUAGCUAAGGAAACUAUAGUCACCGUUUUAGUUGCAAUGGGUAGUGCUUGCACUGACACUCGAGACAUGUUGCUGGAGCUGUGUGUGACAGAACUGGAAGACGUGGCCCUCAACACGCACUCAAUACACCUGACCCCUCAGCCUGUGGUGCAGGAGAGCAGCCACCCCUACACAGAUGAUGCAACACUGUCUGGACAUGUGAAGAUUCCAGGGGCAAAAGGUCUGCGGGUUGAAUUCGAUCGACAGUGCUCAACAGAAAGACGUCAUGAUCCUAUGACGAUUAUAGAUGGUACAGGACGAACUGUGUCUAUUCGAUCAGGUCGAGAAUGGAGUGACUGGUCCACAGAAAUACGUAUUACAGGUGAUGAGUUGCGCUGGAAGUUUACUAGCGAUGGUUCCGUAAAUGGUUGGGGCUGGAGAUUCACAGUGUACCCCAUUGUGACCUAUGCUGGACCCCAUGAGCUGGGUUCAGACCGAGCCAUUCUUUCACAGCCAUCAGUAGAACUUGUGAUGUGUCUGCUAGAUGCACGUUUGAUGCCAAGUUCAGACAGGAACCUCAUAACUCGCCUGGCAACAGCACUCGCAUCUUGUGCUCAGCUCAGUUCUCUUGCGGCUUCACAGCGCAUGUGGGCUCUGCAGAAGUUGCGCAAGCUGAUGGUGUCUCGGCUUGGCAAACUACUAAACAUCCCAGCUUUGCUUAAAAUGGAUCAGGGACUAAAUACUGAUUCAGCUCUGCCAACCUUAGUGAAGGGCUUACCUCAGGCAUUGUUACGACAGUAUGAGUAUGAAGAUUCUGCUGUUCGCAGUGGCAAGCAUCUAAUGCACAGUUCAUUUUUCAAGGUGCUUGUUGCCUUGGCGUGUGACUUGGGUCUUGACUGCCUGCCCUGCUGUGCUGAGAACCACAAGUGGUCAUGGUUCCGGCGCUACUGUAUGGCUGCCAGGGUAGCAGCAGCACUGGUCACCCGUACAACUCUGCCCCACAGUUUCUGCAUAGAGGUACGGAAAAAAAUAACAGAGAUGAUUCAGGAGAGUGAUACAGUGGUGUGGGACCAUGAAAACAAUGAAAUGUUUAAACAAGCACACGAUGAACAACUGUUACUCUGGUUACACAGACGUCCAGAGGAUUGGACGCUCUCCUGGAAUGGCAGUGGCACUAUCUAUGGUUGGGGCCACAAUCACAGGGGGCAGCUUGGAGGUGUUGAAGGGGCCAAAGUGAAGCUCCCCACCCCAUGUGAAGCCUUGUCGGCUCUGAGGCCUGUCCAGCUCCUGGGAGGGGAGCAGACCCUCAUGGCAGUCACUGCUGAUGGCAAAGUGUAUGCUACAGGGUAUGGUGCUGGAGGACGGCUUGGUAUUGGAGGGACUGAAUCUGUGAUGGUGCCUACUCUUUUGGAGUCCAUCCAGCAUGUCUUCAUUAAGAAGGUGGCUGUUAAUUCAGGGGGGAAACAUUGUUUGGCUCUGUCAGCAGAAGGUGAAGUGUACUCCUGGGGAGAAGGUGAUGACGGGAAGCUUGGCCAUGGCAACCGAAGUUCCUGCGAGCGCCCACGAGUCAUAGAGGCUUUACGAGGCAAGGAAAUCAUAGAUAUCGCAUGCGGAGGGGCUCAUUCGGCAGCCAUCACAAGCAAUCGGGAUGUCUACACAUGGGGAAAGGGUCGAUAUGGGAGGCUUGGACAUGGUGACAGUGAGGACCAGCUCAAGCCAAAAUUGGUAGAAGCACUUCUUAGUUACCGAGUUAUGGACAUUGCAUGUGGCAGUGGAGAUGCCCAAACUCUGUGCAUAACUGACGAUGACAACGUAUGGUCAUGGGGAGAUGGUGAUUAUGGGAAAUUGGGUCGUGGAGGUUCUGAUGGUUGCAAGAUUCCAAUGAAAAUUGAAUCACUGGCUGGUCUUGGUGUAAUAAAAGUGGAAUGCGGCUCACAGUUUUCUGUGGCACUUACUCGCUCUGGCAGUGUCUACACAUGGGGAAAGGGUGAUUAUCACCGGUUGGGUCAUGGUACUGAUGAUCAUGUUAGAAGACCACGUAAAGUUGCUGCUCUCCAAGGAAAGAAAAUCAUAUGCAUUGCUACAGGGUCACUGCACUGCGUUGCCUGCAGUGAACAGGGAGAAGUGUACACAUGGGGUGAUAAUGAUGAAGGCCAGCUUGGUGACGGGACAACCAAUGCUAUUCAGAGACCAAGAUUUGUAGUCGCAUUGCAGACAAAGAAGAUUACACAAGUGGCAUGUGGUUCCGCCCAUACUCUGGCAUGGAGCACAAAUAAACCUGUAUCAGCUAGCCGUCUACCAGUCAGCACACCUUUAGAAUAUGACUUGGUUCGGGACUUCCCGCUGCCCACAUUACGGAACCGUCUUGUUCUGCUGCACCACUUCUCAGAGCUCUUUUGUCCUGGUGUCGCCAUGUUUCCGAUAGAUGGAGAAGGGAGCUUGGAUAAAUUGCGUGGAAUACUUGUAUCAUCAACAAAAGAAGCUACUUUUAAAAAAGUUGUGCAGGCCACAAUGGUACGUGACCGACAGCAUGGCCCAGUUAUUGAACUGAACCGAAUUCAAGUGAAGCGAUCUCGCAGUAAAGGUGGCCUAGCAGGACCUGAUGGAAUCAAAUCUGUGUUUGGACAGAUGGUCACCAAAAUGUCACUCCUCACCCAGGAGGCUCUAUUCCUUCCUCAUCGCGUGUGGAAAGUAAAAUUCGUUGGAGAAAGUGUAGAUGACUGUGGUGGGGGCUACAGUGAAAGCAUCACAGAGAUGUGUGACGAGCUGCAGAAUGGCUCCCUUCCAUUGCUGAUACCUACACCUAACGGCAGAGAUGAUGCAGGAACCAAUCGAGAUUGCUUCUUACUCAAUCCAAUGGCCAAAUCACCAUUACACAUGAACAUGUUCAGGUUCCUAGGUGUCCUGAUGGGAAUAGCCAUAAGGACAGGGAGUCCACUAAGCCUGAAUCUCGCUGAACCUGUGUGGAAGCAGUUGGCAGGCAUGACUCUUACACCUGCUGAUCUCACAGAAGUGGACCGGGACUAUGUACCAGGACUUCUAUGCAUUCGAGACAUGGAACCAGAUGCAAAGGUGUUCCAGACAUUAGAAAUGCCUUUUUCUACACCCUCGGCUUAUGGGAAUGAAGUACCCCUAUCCACUCGAUAUCACCGCAUCAUGCCUGAAAACAGGCUUGAAUAUGUGCGACUUGCACUGAAUUAUAGGCUUCAUGAGUUUGAUGAGCAAGUGGCUGCAGUCCGGGAAGGUAUGGCAAAAGUGAUUCCAGUUCCACUGCUGUCCCUCUUCAGUGGCUACGAACUUGAAACCAUGGUUUGCGGCUCUCCUGACAUUCCCCUGAAUCUUCUCAAGUCUGUGGCCACAUACAAAGGUAUUGAUGCAAAUUCUUCACUUAUUCAGUGGUUCUGGGAUGUUAUGGAGGAAUUUACAAAUCAAGAACGAUCACUUUUCCUGCGUUUUGUGUGGGGUAGAACUCGCCUUCCUCGGACUAUUGCAGACUUCAGAGGACGUGAUUUUGUGCUUCAGGUUCUUGAUAAGUACAACCCUCCUGACCAUUUUCUACCAGAGAGUUAUACAUGUUUCUUCUUGCUGAAGAUGCCAAGAUACUCUUGUAAGGCUGUGCUGAGAGAGAAACUAAAAUAUGCAAUUCACUUCUGCAAAUCAAUUGACACUGAUGAAUAUGCCAGAGUGGCAAUGCCAGGAAGUGGUGCUGCAUCUAGCAAUUGUGACAGUGAUGAACUGGACAGUAUCGCCAGUGAUGGUCCAGGAUCGGUGUGAAUGAAGAUUUGAGGUAUUCAUGGAAGUGAAGAUUCAUAUUUGGUCUUUUGUAUUAUGACACCAUGUAGUCUGGUAGGUGGGUAAAAAUGUAUCAGAAUAUACUGUCAACAUCUUCACUGGUACCCAUCUACCAGUCUAUAAGGUGUCAUAAUCCAGAAGACCAAAUGUUAAUGUGAUUGAUGGCUUUCAUUAUACAAGGACAUUCAGAUAGUAUUGCAUCUGUGCUUGUAUGUGAAUGAAAUGGCACGUUCUCGAGCAGACAGGUGCCAUUUCAGUCUAACGACAUUCCCUAAUGUAGCUGUGAGAAUAUGUUAUAAAUUUUCUGUAAUUUAAAUAUAUAUAUAGCUGUAUAAUUUUGAUUGAAGAAUAAUGUUGAUGUCUAAUGAACUGUCAGAAUAAAAAUUUCAGAUAACUGUUA